AUGGAGCUCGACCUUCUGGGCCUCGGCUUGCCGCCGCCGGCGGCGGCCGCGGUCCGCCGCGGAGCCGUCCUUCGACGAGCCCCUGCGUUUCGCGGCGGGCCCCGAGACCCCUUCCCCGGCGCGCGCGCGCGCGUGCGCCGGCGCGCCGUGGACACGGCGGCCGACGACGACGUCCCUGCGCCUCCGGCGACCAGGCUGAAGCCCUCGUCGGCGGCGCCGUGGCCCGCUCACCCACCGUUCCUGAAGGUUUGCGUUCCGGGCGCCGCCGCUGGAGAUAAGUUUCCACGAGCCUGUCAGCUCGGUUCUUACAGGGGGGUAUUCCCAUCGGCGCCGAGCGUGCAGCGCGCCAUUGCCACGAGCACGCCGUCGCCGCAAGGCGCCAGCGCCGCCGCUGCAAGCGGGUUCGGUAGGCCACCACAGGUUGCCGCCGGGCCGAUCUUUGAGGGGUCCGCAGCAGCGUCCAGGUCCAGCAGCGAUCCAGACCAUUCCAGGGCGCCAUUGACGAUAAUCUACGCUGGCUCUGUGCGUGCAUUCGACAGUGUCCCGAUGGAACAGGCUGAGAAGAUUCUGUUUCUGACUGCAAAAGAGGCUCAAGCUGCAGAAACCCCGGCCUUCCAACAGCCAGUGCUGCACUCGGAUCUAGCUGCUGCACCCCCAAGUAGUGCAGCGCAGGUGAUGAUGCUCUUGGGUUUGGCUAAUGUCAAAGAUAGUCUUCUACCGAAGAGGACGGCGUCCCUUGCCCGCUUCCUGCAUAAACGCAAGCAAAGGCAGGCGAUAACUAUUCAGCUCUGCAAGUUCAUGUUACUAUUUUCAAAUUUCUAUAUAUAUAUAAGUACAUAGCACGUAAUCCUGAUGAUGCAGAAAAAAAACACAUGUUCUGAAAUAUAUAUGGCUCCUAAUAAGAAACUGUUACUGGUAAUCUCAGUUCCGAUCCCAGUGAAUGGGACAAUCAGAUUGUGUCAUGCUGAAUCUGACUUGGGACAUUCUUGUACUUUGAUUUGCUUCUCGCAGGUUGGAGAGUGCAGCAACAAUUCCUUACCCUCGUGGAGGGGAAUUACCUGCUCAAAUGGACGCUUCCACUGCGGUUUACGCGCAAGAUGAAGCCCCGUUUGGGGACAUGGACCAUCCAUGGGCCUCCGAGGAUGGUCCAAAGAGCAUGAAAGAAAAUCAUGGCGAGGGGCCAGUAAACACUGAGCUAAAGAUCUAGCUGGUGGUGUAAAAUCAUCGGUCCAUAUCUCGGUUUCAGUUUUACUAACAACGCUUGCCGAGAUCAAGGCCAAAUUUUGGAUCAGUCUGGUAGAUUUUGAGCCACCAAUCUAAGCAGAAAAUCUUCUGGUGCAUGCAUUGGAUUGCAAGAGCUUCAUAGAGAGAUUUUGACUUCAGUUCCUGCACAUUCUUGGUCUUCAACACGGGUUCUCUCAGAAUUUUUAUGGCUCAUUCAUAGCAGAAACCCAAUAUAGGAUCUAUGCUGUACUAAGAUCUAACAUGUUGUACCGGAUCAGUGUGACCGCUAAUUGCACGUUUUUGUGUGGCGGGGGUGUAACAGUGUUGGGUGGCACGUGUUGAUAUCUUGAUCCAACCAGCUGCUUUAGUUGCUAUAGUUUUUUUUCCUGAUGUUAGCUCGGGUGCCAUUGUUUUUUUUUUCUCUCGACCCCUUUGAG